AUGGCCGCAAGAACCGCGAAGCUGGAGAGGAAGACGAACGAGACACAGAUCGAGGUCUUCAUCAACCUCGACUGUCAGCCAGGCUCCGGCAAUGCGCAAGAGAUCCAAAUCUCGACCGGGAUUGGGUUCCUGGACCAUAUGUACCAUGCCCUUGCGAAGCAUUCUGGCAUGUCCCUGACGAUGUCAUGCAAGGGCGACCUCUGGAUAGACGAUCACCACACUGCAGAUAUGUACGCGAUCGCUCUGGGCACCGCAUUCAAGCAGGCCUUGGGUGAAGUGCGCGGCAUCCGCAGAUAUGGCACAGGGUUCGCCCCGCUCGACGAAGCACUCUCACGCGCGGUCAUCGACAUCUGCUCGAGACCGUACUGCUUCACUGACCUUGGCCUAAAGCGGGAGAAAAUUGGCGACCUUUCCACCGAGAUGUUCCCACACAUCUUCUACUCGUUUUCAAUAGCAGCCGGCGUCACCCUUCACGUUGAUGUCCUGCGCGGGGACAACGAUCACCACCGGGCCGAGUCCGCCUUCAAGGCGUUGGCACUGGCUAUCCGCCAAGCAAUCGAGAGGACCGGCGGCAGCGAUGUCCCCAGCACGAAAGGCGUCCUCUAA